AUGACAGAGGUCAAGGCGGCUCUCAAUUCUAAAAUAAUGCAAACAAAGAAUGAUGAAAGAUCUGAUUGGGUUGCAGACAGUUUGUUUGUCAAAGGCAAAAAUGAAUCAAGAGAUUUGAAGGGUGGAUAUAACAAGUCGAAUUAUAAGAGCAAUCAGAACAAAGGGCACAAUCAAGGAAUGCAUGAUGGUCAAGUCAGACUCAUUCAAGAAGUUAGGUAUGUCCCUGAACUCAAGAGAAAUCUACUUUCAAUUAGUGAACUUACAUCUAGAGGCUGCACUAUAAAGAUAGAUAGUUCAAUGAAAGUAAUGAGGGGCACUAGGAUAGUAAUGAAGGGAGAUAUCAAAAAUGGUAUUUACUAUGUGCAAGGUGAAACUAUUGUUAGAAAAACAAAUUUGGUUGUUAAGAGCAGUGAUCGGGACAAUACAAGAUUGUGGCACAUGAGGCUAGUCAUGUCAGUGAGUGAGGUCUCUAUGAAUUGGAGAAACAGGGUAUUCUCAAAUGUAAGCUUGGAAAGAAACUGGGGUUCUGUGAAGAGUGUGUGUAUGCUUCUCAGAUUUAAGACUCCUCAAGAAUUUUGGAUAGGAGAAGUGCCAAGCUAUGACCUUUUUAAAGUUUUUGGAUGUACAUCCUAUGGUCUUAUUAGACAAGAUAAACUAGAACCUAGAGCUAUCAAAUGUUUAUUUUUGGGAUAUCUUGAUGGUGUUAAGGGGUAUAAACUUUGGUGCUUAGAAGAUGGAUACAAGAAAUGUAUUAUUAGAAGGGAUGCGGUGUUCAAAGAACAUGAAAUGGCAAUGAAAACUACCAAUACUCUAGUAGUCGGGGGAAACAAAGUGUUGAGAUACAAGCUCACAAGGAAGAAGUAG